AUGGAUCCUUGCGUAGACUCCUACCAACACACGGAGGGCCCUGACGACGCUCUCGUUCGCUCGCUAGUUUUCGAUUAUCUAAUACACAACUGCUACGGCGAAACUGCGAAAGCAUUUUUCAAAGAUAGGCAGGAAAUCGAGGGAGACGGAUACGAAGAGAGGCUGUUCUGGGAAAACGACGGCGAAUGGACUGGUGUAGGAAGUGAAACAGGAAACGGAACCGUGUGGGUAGACGGUGUUGAGGAGUGGACUAGGGUUGAUGCAGAGGGUGACGAAGAAAUGACCGAGGUUGAGAGAGUAGGUAGAGAAAAGCAGAAAGACAAGGAAAAGAAGUGUCUAGGAACGAAUGGGUGUAGAGAGGGAAGGCUGGGAGAGGUUGAGGUUGCUUUGAGAAGUCUGGAGGCACGAAAACAGAUUCGUGAAUUAAUAAUAUCGGGAGACAUACCUUCAGCUCUGUCGCUAUGUCAAAAGAAGUUUCCACGAGUAGUCUCUUCUGCCGUGGGCCAUGAAUCGACGACGCCGCAAUCGAUUGAAAUGUGCUUUAAACUUCACUGUCAGCAGUUUGUUGAGAUUGUGCGAAAAGGCGAAACUACAGAGGCUUUAUCGUUUGCGCAGGAAGUCCUAAGACCCUACACUGAAAUUGGUGAUGAGGACACAUAUGCGAGUGCACUAAGAGGAGUAAUACCAUUAAUUGCGUACCCCGAGCCCGAAACUUCACCAGUCGGAAGCCAUUUAUCACAGACGUGUCGGGAUAAACUGGCAGAUGAUGUCAAUAGUGCAAUAUUAUCGUUCUAUAGCCUGCCCAGCCAAUCAGCAAUAGAACGUAUUGUUCGACAAUCAACAGUCGUUCGUGAUAAUUUGCAUAGCGAAAGCUCUACGAAAGACAAACGGUUGUCAAAGAUAUAUCCAAAGUGGCAGUUUUCUUCAUUUAUCCAAGAGGGAUAA